AUGGCCUUGCGGGUUUCUCCUAUGCUAUCCAAGUUGAUAUAUGAGGAGCAGGGGGCGUUUCAGCAAGGGAAGAUUAUUUUCGCAAAUAUUGGUCUUGCCUCAGAGCUGAUUAACAUUGUACAUACUUCUGUGAGGGGAGGAGGCAUGGGCCUCAAGCUGGAAGUGCAGAAGACUUAUGAUACUUUGUCCUGGGAAUUCCUCUUUUCUAUUAUGAAAACGUUUGGAUUUUCAGAUAGAUGGAUUGGGUGGAUUCAUCAAAUUCUUCUUACCUCCAAAAUCUCUGUUCUAUUAAAUGGAGGGCCAGUUGGGUACUUGGUGUGGAAAAGGGUCUUCGUCAAG